AUGGCUGCGACAACGGUGUGUGGAUCUAUGGGAGCAAUUUGUGCUAAAAAACGAAAAUCUGCUAAAAAGCCUCCUCCACUUCUCGACACACCAUGGAGAGAAAUAAACUGGAAAGACAAACAGAUCGAUCUGCAGUAUAUGAAGGACUACAAACCUUACAUUGAAGAUCGGCAGCUCAGGAUUCUUGUUUAUGGACCAGCUGGAGCUGGAAAGUCCAGUUUCAUCAACUCUGUUAAAAGUGUCUUAGAAGGCAGGAUGUCCACACUGGCCAUGGUGGAUAACAUCUCUCAUGACUCUUUCACCAAAGAGUACAAAACCUACAAGAUGGAAAAGGAAAACCCAAGCACCUUUUACCCUUUUGUCUUCAGUGACAUCAUGGGCCUAGAAGAAAGCAAAGGUGUCAUUGUGCACGAUGUCAAACUGGCUUUGAAGGGACGCGUGAAGGACAAUUACAAGUUGAAUCCUGAACAUACGUUGUCAGAAGGCGACCAAUAUUACAACACAGAAGUAAAUCCCAAUGAUAAAGUCCAUGUCCUGCUUUGUGUCAUUCCUGCUGACACAGUAAGUCAUAUGAAAGAAGAAGUUACCAGGAAGAUUCAGGAAAUCAGGAGAGCAGCCAGUGAGCUAGGGAUUCCCCAAGUGGCCAUCAUCACCAAAAUUGAUGAGGCCUGUCCUGAGAUCAAAGAAGAUUUAAAGAACGUCUACAAGUCUGUCAACCUGAAGGAGAUGAUGGAGCAGUUGAGUAGAAAUGUGGGUAUCCGAAGGAACUGCAUCUUCCCCGUGAGAAACUACUUUGAAGAAAUCAACUUGAAUGAUGACGUUGACUCACUGAUCCUGAGUGCACUGAGACACAUCAUCGACUUCGGAGAAGAAUCCAUGAACCACAAAAUGAUUCAGUCUGAAGGUUGA